UGUUAUCAACUGAUAUACUACUACUACUUCUGUUGCUACUACUAGUACGACUUCUACUACCAAAACUACUAAUACUACUACCACUACUAUUAUUAUUGUUAUUACUAAUACAUUGCAAAUAGUUAAUAGGCCAACUUAUAUAUAUCAAGCAUGUAUACUGUUAAAGUAGCCCUAGACGAUGACGUACGCCGUAUCCGUGCAAAUAGCUGGGCAGACUUAGACGCUCAAGUGAAGGACCGUUUUCAAAUAGCCGGUUUUGUCGCGAAGUACACCGACGAAGAGGGUGAUAUGGUAAAAAUUUCCAGUGAGAGUGAACUGGAGGACGCCAGUACCAGUAAGACAGGUGAGACUCUCCGUUUGUUUAUCACAAGCGCCACUGAUAGAGACGAUAAAGAGAAGGCUGCUUACGAAACCGAGAAGCAUAUCGAUGCUAAUAGUUACGUCAGUGUUGAUCUGCCUGCGUCUGAAAGCAUCGAAAAGAAUUCUGGCUACACAAGCCCCGUGCCUCGGCCCACCCCACGCAUGGCACCUCCACCUCUAUCGCUGAGACCAGCUGACGAUGAUAAACAAGCGUCAGAAUAUACUACCAAUGCACAUCUCAAGUACAACAAUAUCGAAGACCAGGCAUUUAAACCUCAGCGCGUGCCUGUGCCUGGCCCUGUGCCUGUUCCACCACACAGUAUGGCUAACUCAAAAGAGAGUGCUAGUGUUCCUACUGCUGAGAAGGGAAACACACCCACUCCCACCCCAGGGCCCAAGCCAACACGAACUACGAGUGGCACUCAGCACACAGACCGUGAUAGUGCCCACACAUCUGCGAACACCAGCAGAACUGAUCGAACAACCAGCAAUGAUACCACAAAUACCACGACUGGUGAGGAUCAGCCUAAUCUGUACAAUCUAGGUGUAGAGUUUAUGAACUGCUUAGGCGUCGAUUUAAAUGCUAUGGGUGCAGGGUUUGGCAUGAAUGGACCCAACACAAACACACAGCAGCGACAGGUCGACUUCACAGCCGAUGCAAACGGUGCGAAUACCACUCAGAAUGCGCCGGACUUCGCUAGAGCGGCUGGCACGUUUGUGGAGGCUUUGCCCAUGAUGAUGAACGCGUUUAAUACGACUAUGCAGUCUAUGAAUGCUAGCGCAAAUGCAAAUGCGCCUAACAAUGACGCUACGUAUACGGGAUCGCACGCCAAUUCAAAUCCAACUGGCAAUGCGUAUUCGAACUCAAACGUGAACAAUCGAGCCCCACAGAUGCCCACGGCUGCUGACAUGGCGGCUUUGGCACAGCUGUUUGGUGUGCGACGCUACGAGUAGGCAUGAGGCGGUGUUGUAGUAGAAUUGGUUGCUCCUUUGAUAUGCGCAUUGUGAAGUGAGGAACCAUCUAAGUGCUACCUCUGGAUAUAAUUGUAUCGUGUUGAGUUAUAUAUUAGAGAUAUACCAUCCGAUACAAUAUUAUUAAAAUUUGGAUAUAUACAAUAUGUUGAGGUGAUAUUUAGAUGAUAAUAAAUAAAAGGAUCGAUGCAAAAAUGA